AUGAAUCGAUUUUAGAAAUGGGAAUUGUGUUUAGGGUACUGAAUAAUAAAUGAUAAUUUAUUUAGUAUAUAUGAGAAUAGAGCAGAUAUCAAUUUAUAAAGAUAAAAGAAAUUUGAUGAGUAUUGUAAAUUGAAAAUGAAUGCAAAAACGACAGAUGAUGAUAAAAAUGAGAUUAUGAAAGAUAUUAAUAGAACUUAUUAAGAAAUGGGAUUGUUUCACUUAGAAUCAAAUAAAAACAUAAUGUGCAAUGUGUUAUUAUUAUGGUGUAGUCAUAGUUUAUCUUAUCGACAAGGUAUAUAUAAGCAUUUAAAUAAAUAGGUAUGAAUGAGAUAGUAGGUGUAAUAUUUUAUACAUAUGUUUAAUCUUUUUAAGAUUCUCAAGAAUAGAAUUCAACUAAAAUAGAGAAUGAUAUUUAUUGGGUUUUUAAGACAAUAAUGGAUGAUGGAGAUCAUAAAUAAAAUUUUAAUUAUUCAUCUCAUAUGCCAAUAGAUAGAAUACCACUUAUUAGAUAUAUAAAAGAUCUUACAAUGGAUAAACUUAAAUAUAUUGAUGAACAAUUAUUUUAAAUUUUUGAAUAGAAUCAAAUAAGCACAGAAAUAUUUUUAAUGAAAUGGAUUAAAGUAAGAUAUUCAUAAUAUACAUGUGUUUACUAGCCAGAGAAUAUGAGAUUGAAUAAAUAUAAGUAAUUUGGGAUAAGAUGUUUGAGAAGUUCUAGACAUCAAAAAUGAAAUUUUUAGAUGCUAUGAUAAUAACAAUGAUGAUUUAAUUGAAACCAUAAUGUAAAAAUUAUAUUAUUAAAAUAAUAGUACUUAAGAUUGAAUAUAUUAAUAAUUUUGAAGUGUUAUUGUUAUUUUAAAAUUAUCCAGCAAAAGAUAAUUACUUAUAAAUGAUAGGAUAAGCAGAGAAAAUUGAAAGUAAAUAAGAAUUAAUCAUUUAGAAUAAUUAAGAUCAUUAGAAGGAAUAUCAUGGUUAGAGAUUAUUAAGAGAUUUAAUUUAGGUUACUCUUUAUCUUUGUAUUUUCAGAAAAAUUGA